GCUUGCCAAAUGUGUCAGCUGUUAUUUGACGCAGUCUUCAUUCUUACUUUGAAAUCUGAGAUUUAAAAUUAAAGAGUUAUCCAAAUAACAUAAACAUGUUUGCAUGUUACAUGAGAUAUGUAAACAAGCAAAUAAAUACGUGAAUGUAUUUAUUAUGCUUUCCAGCAAGUAAGUGUUCAACGUUGAUAAAUCGUUUUGGUAUAACGUCGAUUUCCACAACAGUUAUAACCACAGUGGUGUUUAGCAUACGCACAAUUUUCUCGCAUUGCCUGAUAGUCCUGAUAGUAUUGCAUUUCAUUUUAUAUACAACGAUGGCUAAUGAAGUCGAUACCCAGUUUGUUCGAAAAACUAAUGAUUUUGCGUUGGAACUAUAUACGCAAAUUAUUUCUGGUGAAAAGAAAAAUGUUGUUAUCUCCCCGUUUUCUAUUAGCACCUGUUUGUCAUUUGCAGCGAUGGGCGCGGGGGGCAUAACCGCCGAUGAACUGUUUUCAGCAUUAAAAUAUGGAAAUUCUGCUGAAAAAGUCAAUGUAGCAGAAAGUUACGGAAACAUAUUAGCAAAUUUGAGUACUAACAAAAGCCUUAAAAUUGCUAAUAAGAUGUAUGUUAUGGAACGGUAUUCACUGAAGUCAGACUUCCACGAAAUUGCGGUUAAAAAAUUUCAAUCGGAAGCUGAAAAUAUUAAUUUCGCUGAGAAUAUUAAAGCAGCAAAAACGAUCAACACAUGGGUGGAACAGAAAACUAACAACAAAAUUCAUGAUCUCAUCUCUCCUGAUGCUCUCGAUGAUUACACCCGAAUGGUCCUUGUUAAUGCCAUUCAUUUCAAAGGAACGUGGACUCACCAAUUCAAUCCAGCCAGCACCCGACCAAUGCCUUUUUGGAUUAGUGCCACAGCAUCAGUAGAUGUUCCAAUGAUGAAUACUAAAAAACAUUUCAAACAUGGCGUAUUCGAAGAACUAGGACUAACCAUGCUUGAAUUACCCUACUGUGACAGCGAUGUUACAAUGUUAAUUAUGCUUCCAAAUGAACGAGAUGGGUUGAAAAAGCUUGAAGACACGCUCCUUACUAUCGAUAUUCCUUACUUGAUGACUAAAAUGUAUACACAAGAAGUAGAAGUAUUUUUACCAAAGUUUAAAAUUGAAUUCGAUAUUGACCUACAAGAAACAUUAGAAAAGCUUGGAAUAAAAAGAAUGUUUACAGACCAGGCCGAUUUUAGCGGACUUUUGGAUCAAUCGGAUCCACUCAAAGUAUCAAAAGUCAUACACAAAGCAUUUAUUGAAGUCAACGAGGAAGGAGCUGAAGCUGCAGCAGCAACUGCUACCUUUGCGCGCCUCAAGAGAGCGAUUAGAUCCACAUCGUACUUCAAAGUAGAUCAUCCAUUUAUGUGUUUGCUUUUAACGAAAAACCAUAUAAUUUUCAUAGUAAAAAUCGUUCAUCUAGGUCACAUGUUGACGAGACAUGAAGAAUUGUAACCAGAUUUUAAACCGCAUUUGAAAUAUAUUUUGUAAUCGUUUCUUGAUCCAUCGCACAUAUGAAGCUUUCCUCAUAGCUGAAGCUAUAUCUAAUCACGGCAAAUGGAUAAGAAUUUGUGUAAAUAUUAUCACUGUCGUUAUCAAGUGCAUUUUUGAAUACCCUUCAUUUUUAUACAUUAAUUUGUAAUAGAUAAUUUACGGUUCAAACGAUUUAUGUGUAAAUUUUCUAUAAGUGUUUAAUCUUUGGUGUUUU